AUGAUCGAUCUUAAAUGUCCGCGCGAUCUAUGCAGAUUGCGGUAUAUAGAUCCUAGCCUCUCAACUCAGAAUCCUGGUCAAAUUACUUCUGUUAAUUAUCCAGUAAAAACUGCUUCAAAUGAACCUUUAACAGGAUAUCAGGCCGCAAAUAUAAACUUGGCGCGCUCAAACGCUUCCCUAAUGAGCUAUUCCCAUAUGCCUUUGGUCAAAAUGACAACACCAUCGCCCUGUAUUCGCAUGCACUCACUUCAGCUGCAGCAACCUGAAAUAAAAGCUUCAGUCGCAACGGCACAAGCACCACAUUCUUCACAAUCCCCACAAUCAAAUACUUCUCGAUUCCAUCCGCAACAGGUCUCACCUAUGGAUAUUUUUUCGACGUCAAGUUCCAGCAUUCCUGAAGGCAUAACGUCGCAGACACCUCCAGAGAAAACAGAAGUUUUUUAUCAUUCUACAAUUGUGCCUUCCUCAUCUACAUCCACGUCAAGUAUGGCCCUGGUAUCGUCUGAUAUCAGCGGGAAAAUUCUUGACUAUACAGAGCAGCAAAUGCAACUGCAACCACAACCACCGCAACAUCAGAAUUUCGAGUCACAGCAUCAAUCAGAUCAACAUAUCUCAAACCAUCAUAAAAGUAGGCGGAUAGAUAAUACUACUACACGAACACAAGCACAGCAACAAACAUCUUCAAACCUUAUAACCUCGAUAUCAAUCUUCGAUAAACCAGAGGAGGAGAAAAUGUUGAAUGAUGUUUGCUUAGAUUCGCUGGAAGUUACCAACGAAGGCCAAGUUCAGGUUAACACUGAGGGAAGUAUGAUUAUUGACGCAAAUUCAGCGGCUGCCUUAACUGAAAUCACACAAAAGAUUCCGGGACAGGAAAAUAUGCUCUCUCUAGAUAUAAUAAAGACAAUCUGUUUUUUUGAGGAGCUCUCGCUUUAUAGUGUGUUUGGAAAUAUUGGGGCGGUGUUUAGAGCUAAUUGCUUCUUUUGGCUUGAAUGUCUUUCGCUUCCCCUAUUGAGAUCCAGAGAAACUGGAGAAAAGAUGAAUCCUAGUCUUUUGAAAAAAGGAUUCGUCAAGAAUUUUUGA